UCUCUCUCUCUCUGGAACUCUGUCUCUCUCCCUUGAAAGCCUCCACCAUUUUCUUCAUUCGUUCAUAAUUUAGCUUCGAGUAGAGGAUUUUGUGGAGGAGAAAGAGAAAGAAAUCUCUUUGUUUGUUCUAAUAAGAUUUGGGUUCCUUUUGAAGUUAUCAAAACACAGAGAAAAAAGUGAACAAGUAACAAAGGAGAGAAAUUUUUGGGUUUCUUUGCGUUGCUUAGGAAGAUCAUUGGAGAAGAACAUACAGGGCCAGAGUCCUUUUGGGCUUGUUUGGAUUGUCACGUUUCUUUUUGAAAUGGUUUUCAUGAGUGAGAUUUUAUUGGCAGACGAAGAUAAGCUUGAAGAAGGAGAGUGGGAGACAGAGAGAUAAUAUACAUCCAGUGCCAGAUUGGCACAAGAAGAAUUGGGAUUCAAUUCUUUCUGCUUCUGCUGCGUUAUUGGCAAUGUCUGCAACAACAAUCAACGACCCAAUGGUAAUAUCAGCCCCGGAAACACAACCACCCGCAGUAGCUACCAAACUCAUCACCCAAAUCGAAGUAGAAUUCGCCAUAUGCGACUGCUGCGGGCUUACCGAGGAGUGCACGCCGGCGUACAUAGCGCGCAUCCGGGAACGUUACCAGGGAAAAUGGAUAUGCGGUCUAUGCUCCGAGGCCAUAAAAGACGAGAUCAUGAGGUCCGAAAGGCUAAUUAGCACUGAAGAAGCAAUCACGAAUCACUUCAACUUCUGUAAAACAUUCAAGUCCUCGGCGCCGCCCCCGAAUCCCACCGUGCAUUUGAUAGCUGCCAUGAGACAGAUUCUUAGGCGCAGUUUGGAUUCUCCAAGGGGAAUGAGGUCUGCGCCAACUAGUCCGGUGAAAGGUGACCGGAAUAUUCAUGGUCCGGGGUUUCCCAGGUCUGGCAGUUGUAUUCCUAGUCUUUCCGGUUCGUGAAGGUUUGGGAUGGGAAGGGAACAAUAUAGAGACAUACAUGGGGGAGUAUACGUACGUUUCUUCUUUGUGCAAAAUGAACACCCAAAAAAGGAAUAAAGGUUGAAAUGAUUAAUGUAGUUGUGAUCUGGUUAUGAUCAGGUAUAUAUGAAACUUUUUUCUCUGUUGCUAAAAACUUUACUUUGUUUUCUCUGAAUCCAAACACUUGUCUAGCUACUAGCUAGUGGCAUAUUGUUCUGAUUGGAAAA